CUGCAGAGACCGCAUUUUGUGCUGGCAAUCCUCCCACUCCACUACAAGAGACUUGUCUAUGUUCGAUCUCUAUCCUGAGACCUCUUAGGUCUCUUUUACCAGUGGCAGUGUCUGCGUCGUUUUCUCUGUGCCUCCCUCGGAUCAAAAUGCUGCUGCAACAGUUCUGCUAACACUGGAGAAAACCCGCGCCCUCCGUGGUCUCAGCCCCAAGGGAUCUUUGAUUCGGCAAGACUUUUCAAGUCUCUCCAUCACUCGGAGGGAGCAGGAUGAGGUUCAUUCAAUCUUUUAAAAACCAAAACAACUCAUUCCAGCUUGACAUCGUCGGUUUCCUUGCUAUCCUUGGAGAAGGUUCCGUCGAGACUGUUGCUCAAGUCGUGACCUUGAGUUAUCUGAUAUACCUCCCUCGACUCCUGCCUGCGCCUCAGAUCUUUAUCAGACCCUCGAGACCGGAGAAGCUCGAGACGACCUCGGGAGCAAAAGUCAUUGGGGUUCAUUCAGGCAACACUGGCGAAGAUAUACACCAUGUGGCCCAUGCGUUACACCGUGGAGACAAGCUUGCCCCGAACACCGUGACAUGUGUGAGGGUGAGAGAAAAUGACCGGCCUCGACCGUCCAUCAAGCGUUUUGGGCCGUUGGCCAUACUGGCCUUUAUAGGCUUCGUCAUGAGUGCAGGAUUACUGGGCUUGUCUAUAUACUAUCAGGAUGGGAUGUCGUUGUUGGCUACUGUCCUGUUAUCCUCACUGAGCAGUGUCACCGGUGCAGCUAACAAAUGGUCACCCACCCCGAACGACCCAAAGCCGGACCCUCACUCUCCGCCCGGCGACGUGGUGAUCAAGUACCCUCAGGGGGCGUUUAUUGUGGUGAGCUGUGAGGAAAGGACGGCACGAUAUCUGUAUUUCAACCCCAGCGAGCGAUGCAUCUAUGCCGUGGAGGGCACAGCCAUCUACCGAGGACUGUCUCUAGUCUCGACCCUGUUGCUGAUGGGUGGUGUCAUCUCACUGGCCAACGCCAGGAUCGAGACCCAGACGGCAUUUGCCGGAGCGUACAUGCUCAUCAACAUCUUCUACUGGAUCGGCGCCGCUCUGCCUCCUGCCCAACAUUGGGACCUCUCUCGGCUGGAGGUUGACCACAUCGAGGUCCAUGGCGGUACACCACCGCGCACGGCGAAGAUCGACAACUAUUCUCCCACGUACACUGAAGCCCUGUGGAAGGCGAUCGCGGUUACAGGCACGAGUAACUGGGUCAAAGAGGCUGGGUGGGCUCCCAGAACUCCGGCAUGGAACGACUGGCUGAACGAAGCAGAAGAAGCCGCACUGGGUGAGCCUCUGAAGUCGAGUACGAAGACGGUCAAUGAAAAGGUGGUCGAGGUCUGGACGAUUCGCAAUUGGGAUAGCCGGAGCGCUCUCUCGACGUUGCUUCGUACCACGACAGAUAAAAUAGGACCACGGUCGCCCAAGUGAAAGGAAGCCGUCAUCGUUGUACGGAAUGUGUGAGACGAGAUCUUAUUUUUGGUGUGUCCUGGAUAGACUGCCUGGCUUCAUGAAGAUGAUGAAUUGAUACGAAACCAUGACCAAACUAGCUGAUGAGUAAUGAUUUGAUGAUGCUGCAUAUUUGUUAUAGAGAGAUAAUG